AUGUUUACGCACUUGGUAACUGCUGCCAAGGGUCUAUUUACGCGACAGCCCGAAGAACAAGGAACACAUUCUACUGGCACCUCAACUGCCUCCAAUCCCAAGAUGGCGACAGGCACCCGACGAGCAAAUGUUGCGCCCGAAGCUGCGACUAGUGGAAAGCGCAAGGCUCAUUCAACAAGUGCUGGCAAGACCGAAGACCAGCAGACCAAGCGCAGAAGAAGAAGUGACCCAAAGGCUGGAACCGAUGAAGGUGCCACAAAACACACAUCCGGAAAGCUAUCCCAAGUAAAUGGCGAGAAAGCAUCGGCGGGCAAGAAGAUCCGAUUCGAUAGCGAAGAACCUGAAUCAUUUGAAGCACAGCCAGAAGAAGUUAUGGAAACACCAGCCCAGGACGAUGAAGAUGAAGAUGAUAGCGAUGAUGACGCGCCAGAGACUAUUGAUAACUCUGCUCAGCUGUUGAAAAUGAAAGAGCAGGCCAAGAAGCAAGAAGCAGCGAAGCAAUUAGAAGAGCAGCAAAAGAGGGACAAGCGACGGAAACUCGAUGAGCGUCGCAAGUUGCAAGCGCAAUCGAAUGUCAAGGCCAAGGAGGCCGCGUCCGACGACAUGCAAUCCGAAAGCACAGCUACUGUUCAAGGCAUAACCACUCAGGAUGCACGACGAGCCGCGCUUCCUGCUUUGCUUCCAGAUGAUAUUCUGAACGCUGAAUUCGCCAUUCGCCCUCCCACACCCCCGGCCGAAGAUCAAUUCGCCCUACCCAAAAAGUCCAACAAGUUAAGAUUCCUGGAAAAGCAUGACAAGCUUCCUAAGGAUAUCAACAUGGGAGAUGUCUCUAUUCGGGUUCUUGAUGCGCCAUCAUCGAAGAAGUCCUCAAAGCCCGCACUGCCUCCUAAGGUCUCCAAGGCUGGACGAAACCUCAGGAGCAGCAUGCUUCAGAAGGCCCGUAACACAGCCCAGGGCAAUGGCCUCCGAAAGAAGACAGGCGGUCCCUCUGCAUUUGUUCGCCGGUGA